UAUCACCCAAAACGCUCCUCAAGUAUAACAUUUAUUUGAACAACACACCACUUAUAUAGCCACUCUGCGCGAGAAAGAAAAACCGCCCAGAAUGACCUCACCAGAACACCCGCUAUCGUACAACACCUACGCCCUUCCACAGAUAAAACUAGAACACCAUCCCUUGUCCUCCCCCGUACCAACGCCAGUGGUGAAGGUGCUACUAGACCGUCCGGCGAAGAACAAUGCCUUCACAGACACCAUGGUGACCUCGCUGGUGACAGCCUUCAACCUGUUAUCCACGGACCCGCGCGUGAGGGCCAUCGUCUUCUCGUCCACGGACCCGCGCAAUAGGUUCUUCUGCGCGGGCAUGGACCUGGAUGACGCAUCCUCCUCCUCCUCCGGCAGCGCCUUCGACGACGAGAGGCUGCUGGGCGAGGACGAGCUGGACCGCCGCCGGAAGGCGCACCGCGACGGCGGCGCCCAGGUCAGCCUGGCCAUCUACGGGUGCCACAAGCCCGUCGUCGCGGCGCUCAACGGCCACGCUGUCGGCGUCGGCAUCACCAUGACGUUGCCGUGUAACCUGCGGGUCGCGAGCCAGGAUGCCAAGGUCGGGUUUGUGUUCUCGAGGAGGGGGAUCAACAUGUCAUCAUCGAAUCCAGUGGAGGGAACAUCCUCCUUCUUCCUGCCGCGGAUCCUCGGCGCGGGACGCGCGCUGCACCUCGUCACGACGGGCUCGACAUACUCGCCCGCCGACCCCCUGAUCCGCGACCUCUUCGCGGAUGUGGUGCCGCCGGGUAAGGUGCUGCCGCGCGCGCUGGAGCUCGCGGAGGAUGUCGCGAGAAUGACCAGCGGGGUCGCGAUCAGGGCCAUGAAAGACAUGAUCUACCGCGGGGCGACGACGCCGGAGGAGGCGUUCAAGCUGGAGAGCCGGGUGUUUUUCGAUUUGUUUCGCGGGAGCGACGCGAGGGAGGGGAUCCGCAGUUUUCUGGAGAAGAGGGACCCAGAUUUCAAGGGUCAGUGGGAGAGGGAGAGGCCGACUGUAUGGCCAUGGUUUGAGAUGAGAGAGGCAGAUGAGGGCGUAGAUGCAAAGAGAGGUCCUUUAGAUUGGCUGAAAAGUAAAAUCUGAGCCCGCUACCUUUCUGAUCAUGUGGCCUUUGUGCCAUUUGGGUUUUACUGUUUGAGUAACGGACUAUGUCAGCAAGCACACGCUGAUAAGCAUGAUCUGUUUAGACAGGACUUUAUUCGUAUCUCGACGCACAGAGUCCAAAUGCCACUGUGCCAACUUUGUUGCAAAGUAAUGGAAGAGGCAAAGUUACAUCCAUUUGGGUAUUCCCCUAUAUGGCAAAAGUUUGUAGC